AUGUUUGUAUUUGCACAACAAGGAAUUAAGUCAAUUGAGCAAUACCGAAAUCCAGAUCGAACUGAAAGUGCGGUUGAAAAAUCGCGGAAACUUGUUUUGCGGUGCUACAACAUGAUUGCUUCACGCCAAGAAGUUUCAGGUGUUCAAGUACCAUCAUAUUUGAUGGAUUUUGGAGACCAUUACACGACACAUACGUUCAAGAAUCUCUUCUUGUUCUCUAUUGAAAAUUAUCUGCAAACAGAAUUAAUAAAAGCAAGAUUGAAUACAAAAGAGCCUGAUGAGCGAACUACAGAAGGUAUGCUACGUGAUUUCUAUGAGGAUCCUGAAGAAGAUGGGACAAAAAUGAAUGAUGAACAAUUUGUUUUGGAAAAGAUAGCAAACAAAAAUGAAAACACAUAUGUGAUGGUAAACACGCGUCUUGACUAUCAAUGUCGAUCUAAAGAUUUAUCGACAGUCCGUUUAUAUGAUUUUAAUGCCCAGAGUUCUCAUGGUGAACAUUUAAGCACGGAGGGUACAAGAAUGAAUGAACGUCAUAGCUUUGAAAGCACACAUCCUCAAUCAGCAUCACAUAUUUUCAUCAGACAUAACAAUCCAGUUGUACCAGUUCUUCUCGGCCCUCAAAUACCACGUCGAGAGCGAGAGGAUACUCGUGAACGCUAUUGUCGCACUAUAUUAACACUAUUUGCACCAUGGCGAUCAAUAAAUGAUCUUUGUACAGUCACUCAGACGGAUUAAGCCUAUCAACAGAAUGGCCAUCUCUUGCCAACAACUCAGUUCGUCACAUUCGAUGUGACUGAUUUGUAUACGAUGAUACCGAGGAAUGGAGCAUUGGAAACGUUAGGACGAUUUCUCGUCAAAACAGCAUCCAACGGCAAAAUCGGUAAUCUAUCAGUGGACACAAUCUUGAAGUUGGCUCGUAUCGUACUGGACACCAAUUAUUUUGUCUAUAAUAACAAAUAUUAUCGACAAAUCAAAGGUGGAGCUAUGGGUUCAGCAUUUACGAUGACAUUAGCCAAUGUUUACAUGUUAGCAUGGGAACAACCGUUAGUCGAAUUGCAAACGCAACAAGGAGAGCUCUAUGGAAGAUAUAUCGAUGAUGUAUUCAUGUCAUCAAAUAUGUCGACUGAUGCAAUCCGUCGUAUGCUCGAUUGGAUGAAUGACAAGGAUGGUGAGAACAUACGAAUCACAUAUUCGAUUGGCUUCAAAGUCGAAUUUCUUGAUGUUCAAGUGGAAAAUCAUCAUGGAUUAUUGAAAACAGCUGUUUAUCGGAAGCCAGCAGCUGAGCCUUAUGUACUGCCAUAUACAUCUGAUCAUCCACGUCAUGUACACGUCAACAUACCGUACGAAGCAUUGUUGCAUGCUGUUCGAUUGUGUUCCGAUGUGUAUGCGUUUGAUAAUGAGCGAUUGAACAUUGAAAUCAAACUUCUUCUCAAUGGAUAUCCACCACGGUUUGUUAAGUAUCACUUCGAUCGAUUCUUUCGAUUGAAUCAGGUACCGAAAGUCUUCACGAAACUUGAUGCUGAACAAUAUCAAGUAUUGCAUCAGAAAUUCUUACAUUUGCCUACGCGACGUGAAAAGAAGUAUCAACGACUAGUAGAAGACAAAACGGGUGAUGAGUUAUUGAAGCAUUGUGAGCAAUUGGCAACGAAACAAUGGAAUAAGAAGCUUUUGAUGGUGCCACACACGUUCGAAAGUGGUCCGUCAAUAGAAUUCAAACGUCAUUUUCGACAAUUAUGGACGAAAUAUUAUGCGUAUAAAGAUUCACUUGUGAGAGAUGUACGUGUCAUGAUUACAACACUGUGCAAUCCAUCAUUGAAUGAACUCUUUGUUCGAAAGAAGCCACCUGCAUCGUUCUUGACUAAGAUGGAAACAUCGUCGGAAACGGAACAUGGACAGAAUAUGUGA